GAAAACGUGUUGCUGGGUGCGCGGGUGCACGGGUGUGCGGCCGCAGAGGCCUGGGGCCCGAGCCCGUCUUGGCCAGGCGGGGCUCUUAUUGGGGGCUUGUUUUGUUUGUUUUGGGUAGGGUUUGGGUUUGUUUUGGGUAGGGUUUGGGUAUGUUUUGGGUAUGUUUUGGGCGGGUUUCGGUUUUGGUUCUUUUUGUCUUUUUGCUUCUUUUUUGUUUGCUUGGGUGCUGCUGUGCUCGUGCUCGUGUUCUUGGUGAAUUGGAGAGACGGGCUCCCGGCGCCGCAAUUGAUUGCGACGCUGCUCAGACGACCCUUGGGAAAAAAUACACAAACAGACGGCAAAACGCUCAUUCGGGACUUCGGAAUGCAGCAAGCAGUGACGUCCGUUUUGGUGAAAACAAGCAGGAAGAACAAGGUACGCCCAGCGUGUGGCCCCUCGAACCCAGGGAAAUUGGGCCUGCGCAAAUUGGUGCCGCCGCCCCGCCGCGCGCUACAAAUGCUGCCCAAUGCAGAGGCCAGUGUUGAUGUUUAUUGAUCCUGGCGUGUGAGCAGUAGAAAUAUUCACUGAGGUGCAGUCUCUAUUUCCGUGAGUAUAUA